AUGGACAAGUUAAUUAGCUUCAAGGCAAAAUCUCAUGUGGGCCACUUGAAACAGGUGAUAACACAGGAAUAGAAACUUUAAUUUUAUAGUGAGGAGGAAGGAGAAUCAUCUAAUUCUUAAGACAAUACACCAACACCGGACAACAAGGGCAUAAACAAACCAAAUCCAAAGUAAAAUGGAUUCUAAACUGAUGAUUCGGAAGGAGGCACACCCAAGAGUCAAAGAAAUACUUAGUAAUAACACACAACAAAGAUGUCGAGAUUUAGCAAUUUAGUAAAUACAAAGAGAAUAGAUGGCGAUGUAGAAAACGAACCAGAUUUCAGUGACACAGAAAACAAUCGUGGGCCAGUUGAAUAAGGCAAUCAAGAAGCAAAUUACAACAUUGAAGAACAAGCUUAAAGAAUUUAAUAAAAACUCUCCCUAAAAGCAUAAGCUAAUCCAAAGUUGGCAAAAGCGAAAUAAACAUCAUCGAUGCAAAAUUUAAACACAAAUUCAGACUAGGAAUAAAAUAAAAAGAACCCAUAACUGAAUCAAAAUAAUAAAAUCGCCCAGCAUCCUUUUCGUCAUUUAAUAUUUGGCCAAUACAUCAAUGAAUAAGCAUUCAAAAAACAUUUGCUUCUCACAUAGAGAGGGUUAAUCUAUGCUCGGAAGUGUUUAAAAGGACCAUCUGAUAAAUUUAUUGAAUCCAAGAAAGUAUAUUUAAAUGAAAUCACUCCCAAAAAAGAGAAAACCUUAAUUCUUGAUUUGGAUGAGACCCUUAUACAUUCUUGCACUCCUAGAGAAAACCCCUAAGUCUAUGUUACAGCAAUCGGAGACUUUGGAGAAGAAGCAAAAAUUGGUAUUAAUAUACGUCCAUAUACUUCACUAUUCCUAUCUUCACUUUCUUAAUUCUAUACCAUUUACAUUUAUACUGCAUCCUCAUAAGCUUACGCUUAAGCUAUCAUUGGCUAUUUGGAUCCGAAGAAACAAUACAUCUCUGGUGUCUUAUCGAGAAAUAAUUGCAUGGAAACUAAGAAUGGGUUCUUUAUCAAGGAUCUGAGAUUGAUUGGCAAUAAACAAUUGAAAGAUAUGCUUAUUAUUGAUAAUUUGGCUCACUCUUUUGGAUUUCAGAUUGAGAAUGGGAUUCCGAUAAUGGAAUGGCAUAAUGAUCAAAAUGAUUAGGAGUUGAAGGCUCUCAUUGAUUAUUUAAAGGAAGCAGUAAACUAUCCAGAUAUACGAGAAUACAAUACAAAUUAUUUGAAAUUGGAUGAACUUAUGGAAUUUAAUUUGGAUGAAUGA